GCCAAAAUAAUCAAAAUUGUCACAGGGACAGAUGGAGCGGAUGGAUUGCCCCCAAAAUAUAGGUGUGGAGAGCGAUUAUAUGGUGCAAUAGAUAGGCCAAGUAUGGCCAGAAACGAAGCACAGGGAGUGGAGGAGUAUAAUAGGGGUGGAAGGGCUCACAAGGAGAUCAAACUCAAAAUCCACCACUCUGAGAAGUCUCCUAGGGUUUUCAAGGUCGUAGAAGACAAUGGUAGGAGUUUGGGGACAAUCAGAUAA